ACUUUUACGACAUGACAUUUUGAGGUUAUAGUUAACUUAAAAAUUUGCAGGAUAAUUUUCCGAAAAUAUGGCUUUAAAUCCCAGAGAAUCAGGAAAAUUGAUCGCCACUUUGGCCACACACGUUAAAAUCAACCGGGAAGGUAUAAAAAAACUGGGCGACAUCCUCGUAGAAGAAAUCUCAACCGGAAAACUAUCACCGGACAAUUUCAGCCAAGUCGACGUCCACCCGAAUCCGGAAGAUCCAUGGGCUAUAGAUUGGUUGUUCGUGGUGGACACGUUGAAUUUCUGCUUCUGGCACCACGAAAACGAAGAAGGAUGGAAAGUUGACGGUCACACAGGGUAUUUUGCCCUGUGUGCAGCGAUUAAUAGAGCUUUGAGCGAGGAAGUCAAAAUUUUGGAUCCAGACUUUUAUUCCACCAUAACCGAGGACCGUUUGUUGAAGAUUUUACGGAGCGAUACCAAAGUUAAAGUGCCUCUGUUGAGCGAAAGAGUGCAAUGCUUGCAUGAGGUCGGGCUUACUUUAAUGGAGAAGUUCGAUGGAUCGUUUAAAAAUGUUGUGAUAAAGGCGGAAAAUAGCGCCGAAAAUCUACUGAAUUUAAUUGUGGAAAACUUUAGUUGCUUCAAAGACGAGGCAGAAUAUAAAGGAAAUAUGGUUUCUAUAUACAAGAGGGCGCAAAUUUUAGUGGGGGAUAUCUGGGCUUGUUUUCGCGGUAAAGAUUUGGGCCAUUUCAAUGACAUUGAGAAAAUUACAAUGUUCGCUGAUUAUAGAGUUCCCCAGACGUUACUUUGGUAUGAUAUACUUGAAUAUGAUGAGGAUUUGUUAAAGAUGUUGAAGGAGAAUACUAUUUUUAAAAAUGGGAAAGAAAUGGAGGUAGAAAUAAGGGGUUGUUCAAUUCAUGCAGUUGAAUUAUUGCAAGAAUAUGCUUCAAGUAAACUGGAGGACAAAAAAAUCAACAGCAUUUUAAUUGAUCAUUUUCUCUGGGAUUUUAGAAGAAAACAUGCCAAAGAGGUGAUGGAAAAGGGCCUUCCUUUUCAUAAAGUUUUCAGCAUUUACUAUUAGAUUUUAUAUGAAUAAAAACUGAUUUUAU